AUGACCAACAUGAAGACUAAGAAUGCAAAUAGCACAAUGAUGACAGCCAAGACUGACCAAGUGACAUCUUCAGCGCGAAUCCGCGACAAUCAGCGCCGUUCGCGUGCACGGCGCAGAGAGUAUAUUCAAGAUCUCGAGCAUCGCCUGCAAAAGUUUGAGGCUCACGGGGUUCAAGUGACACAAGAGAUCCAAGCUGCGGGGCGAAAGGUGGCUGUUGAGAACACUCUUCUCCGGGCGCUGCUUCAACUACAUGGCGUUUCUGACCAUGAUAUUGAGGGAUACCUGGCAGCGCACACCGGGGAUAUUGUUUCAUCUACCUCUCACUCAGAAGCUUUACCAGAGCCAAAACCGCACUUGUGUAAAGGGAGAAGCGGAAAUGCGGUCAGCAGCAGUUCCUCGCAACCGAUCUCAUUGAACGAGAGCAGAGGCCCGUUUCACGAGAACGAGACAGCGACUCCCGAGCCGACCUCAUCCCCGUCAAGUCCGGCUGCCAGCCGACAGGUGGCUAUCCCCCAGAGUCAAUGCUCUAACACGGGGCAGCCUGUCCCAGAUGAACCUCCUACCAAUGAUCCCUCUAGAUUACAAUCACGCAGUAGGAACCAAGAUCCAGGGCAAUCGACACCAUGUGAAACCGCAGCCGGCAUCUUAACCUCUAUGCGAAGCUACCCGGACGCACAGGAUGUGCGGUCGGAACUAGGGUGUCAGUCGAGCUCUAGCUGUAUGGUGAGGAAUAUGGAUAUCUUUCAGCUACUGGAUGGACGAUGA